UGUCAGAAACCAAUGACAGUCGAGUUGCCCGUAUGUGAUUUUCAUAACGAAGUGAGGGGUUUGCGUGAGAUUUUUUACGUAAAUUUUGCGGUUUGUUUGUAAAAUUCGCAAGUUUUGACAGAUCAUGUUAAUAGUACGACAAUUAUCCCGGAAUUACGUUCGAUACGUAUCGCAUAAUAUACGAAUACGCUCUAAUUUCUCGUUCGAUCAAUCGCGAAAAUUCUCCAGCAAUGUUUUCCCACGGCAGACGGUGGUCGCGAAUGGGCGCAGAGGUUAUCUCGCUCAAUUGUCUUCGCCGACUGCACUGUCAGUCCGGAAUUCGAGAGCCGUCUUUCCUCUGACGACUCGAAUGUUCUGUUCGAAACCGGAGAAGGAUGAGAUUGUGAGCCCGGCCGCGGAAGGCCCGGAUGGGCAGGUGGACCCACAACUGCCAGCAACAGUUGCAGUCCCUGAAGUGUGGCCGCACUUACCUUUACUCGCCACUCGGCGUAAUCCUGUUUUCCCGCGGUUCAUGAAGAUCCUUGAGAUAACAAAUCCAAUGCUAAAUGAUCUAAUUCGGCGCAAAGUCAAACUUAACCAGCCAUACGUUGGUAUCUUCUUGAAGAAGAACAGUGAAGAUGAGUCAGAAGUGAUCAACAAUUUAGAUGAAGUCUACCAAGUAGGAACAUUCGCACAAAUCCACGAAAUGCAGGAUUUAGGCGACAAAAUUCGUUUAGUUGUUACUGCGCACAGGCGAAUCAAAAUCACAGGGCAGCUAUUAGAGGAACUCGAGCCACCACCAAAGAAAGAAAAAAUGACAAUCAGAUAUCCGAUGCUAAAUAUGCGAAUUGAUGUCACAGUUGAUGAAGCCGACUCCGAUCGCCGUCGACGCAAGCAUCGAUCAUUGCGAAAUUCGAAGAACGCGACAUCUACAAUUACCGAGGAGAAAAAGGAAGAAGAUAAAAAUACAAAACCCGAAGAAUCGGCAGCCAAACGUGUGCCUCCCGGAAUGGAAGUACAGCCCGUACUCAUGGUAGAAGUAGAGAAUGUGAAGCACGAAAAUUACACCCAAACCGAGGAAGUGAAGGCGUUGACCCAGGAGGUUAUUAAGACAAUACGUGAUAUAAUCACAAUGAAUCCCCUCUACAGGGAAAGCCUGCAGCAGAUGCUUCAUCAAAACCAAAGAGUUGUGGAUAAUCCAUUGUACCUAUGUGAUCUAGGAGCAUCGCUAUCGGCAGCUGAACCAGAGGAGCUUCAAGGAAUAAUGGAAGAAAUGAAUAUUCCAAAGCGGCUUAUGUUGGCCUUGUCAUUACUCAAGAAAGAACUUGAGCUCUCAAAGCUGCAGCAGAAAAUCGGACGAGAAGUGGAAGAAAAGGUGAAACAGCAGCACAGGAAAUAUAUCUUGCAAGAGCAACUGAAAGUUAUAAAGAAGGAACUGGGUAUUGAGAAAGACGAUAAAGAUGCUAUUGGGGAAAAGUACAAAGAACGUCUGAAAGAUAAAACCGUGCCCCCAGCGGUAAUGACUGUGAUCGACGAAGAACUAAACAAAUUAAAUUUCUUGGAGAGCCAUAGUUCGGAAUUCAAUGUCACGAGAAAUUACCUUGACUGGUUGACAACACUUCCAUGGGGCGUCAUGAGUAAGGAGAAUCUCAGCAUUGAUGAAGCUACAAACAUUCUAGAUGCUGACCACUACGGCAUGGAAGAUAUCAAGAAGCGUAUUCUUGAAUUUAUAGCAGUAAGCCAGUUGAAAGGUUCCACCCAGGGUAAGAUUUUGUGUUUCCAUGGUCCGCCAGGUGUGGGUAAAACCAGUAUCGCAAGAUCGAUUGCCCGUGCCUUGAACAGAGAAUAUUUCCGGUUCAGUGUCGGUGGAAUGACGGACGUAGCUGAAAUUAAAGGACAUCGUAGAACGUAUGUCGGGGCAAUGCCUGGAAAACUCAUUCAAUGUCUAAAGAAAACGAAGACUGAAAAUCCACUUGUUCUUAUUGAUGAAGUUGAUAAGAUUGGAAAGGGCUACCAGGGCGAUCCUAGUUCUGCUUUACUGGAAUUGCUUGAUCCGGAACAAAAUGUCAACUUCUUAGAUCACUAUUUGGACGUUGCAGUCGAUCUAUCUCAUGUUUUGUUCAUUUGUACUGCAAAUGUGAUAGACGGCAUUCCGGAACCCUUAAGAGAUCGUAUGGAAAUGAUUGAAAUGUCCGGUUAUGUAGCAGAGGAGAAAAUGGCAAUUGCUAAGCAAUAUUUGAUUCCGCAAGCAAUGAAGGAUUGCGGACUUGAUGAAAAUCAAAUUACACUAAAAGAUGAGGCUCUGACCACGCUUAUAAAAAGCUACUGUAGAGAGUCCGGCGUGCGCAACUUGCAAAAGCAUAUCGAGAAGAUUAUUAGGAAAGUAGCAUUCAAAAUUGUUAAGAAAGAAGCCGAACAUCUAGAUAUUACAGACGAAAAUAUUAGCUCAUUCCUCGGCAAGCCCAUUUUCACACAGGACCGAAUGUAUCAGGAAACACCGCCAGGCGUUGUAAUGGGCUUGGCCUGGACAGCAAUGGGUGGUUCAACACUUUUCAUUGAAACUGCCAAACGUAAACUGGCCAAACCAAAGAGCGAUGUCGCUGAAGGAGCGCUGCACUUGACUGGCCAUUUAGGAGAUGUUAUGAAGGAAUCCGCACAAAUAGCUUUAACUGUGGCACGCAACUUUAUUAAAACCAUCGGUACCGAAAAUAACUUCUUAGAAACGAACCACAUCCAUUUGCAUGUACCCGAAGGUGCAACGCCCAAAGACGGACCAAGUGCCGGCGUAACAAUAGUAACUGCCCUUUUAUCCCUAGCUAUUGAUAAACCAAUAAGACAGAAUAUUGCGAUGACCGGUGAGGUGUCUUUAAUGGGGAAAGUUCUGCCGGUCGGUGGCAUAAAGGAGAAAAUAAUAGCGGCAAAACGGUCUGGCGUGAAUUGUAUAAUCCUACCCGAAGAGAACCGAAAGGAUUACACCGAGCUACAAGACUACAUCAAGGAGGGCAUAGAAGUGCAUUUCGUGUCGCAAUACGAGGACGUUUAUAAAAUAGCAUUUGACGCCGUUUAGAGUAUUUCCUAUGGAACGAAGAAUAUAUUUUAGAGUUAAUCCGUUAAACAUUAGUUUGUAGCCCAUAUUGUAUAUUUUAUUCUAAAUGAAAGAACAAUUGUUGGUUUUUGAUACUGAA